AUAUCAUUUUGAAGAAAAGAAUAAUUGUGUUUAGGGUUUGACGCGCCCCCAAAAGAACAACGUUGUUCCGCACUCUUAUUUAAAACGAGAUAUUGGUUCUUUUGCUCAAUUUUCACACUCUCACUAUUCUAUCAAUUCUUCUCUUUUUUCGAAGUUAUUUUGUGUAUUCGCAGAUUCUUCGAUGGCCUCGAUUGCCAUCGACCGUGCCUUUGAAUCUCAAGAAAAACAUGGAGGGGGAGAAACAAACACUCGUCAAACUUUGGAGAACAACAUAGAUCUGAUAAAAACGCAAAUCCAAAAAGAUCGAGUCAAAUCUAUUCAAGAAAAGAUUGCUAGGAAUGGGAAGUAUAUUCAAUCCCAGGUUUCGAAUGCCAUGUUAAAAAUAUCAAGAAAUAAAUCAUUGCAAACUGAACAAAAUAAUUUUCAAAAGCUUUCUUCAAAAAUGGAUCAUCCUAUGUGCAAGUUCAAUGGCUCAGUCACUCAAGUUUUGGAAGAAGAUGACAAUAUCUACACUCUAGAUGCACCAUCUGUGGAAAGUGUCAAGAUCCCAUACAUCAAUAGAUUGCCAACAAAUACAGUUUGGAUCCCUUUAUCCAGAAAUGAAAAAAUGACGGAAGAAGACUCGAGUGCUAGAAGAAAAAAUGUAUUUUAUGAUCAUCGUAAAGGUAAAACAAUAGUAUCCAGUGAUAAUGAAGAAUUAGAAGAGGAUGAGGAAGCUAAACACAACUUUUCAGAAGGUGAAGACAAAUUUUUGAGGAUGGUAUUUGAAGAAUAUGGUUUAGCUGAUGAAGAGGUGUUGAGUAUUGUUAGCGAAGUAAUCGGGUGCCCGAGUUCUGAAAUUCAGGAGAGGUAUAAAGUUAUCGAGGAAAGUGACCAAAAUUCUAGGUAUCAUGGAGAAAGUGAAUCUGACAUUGAGACAUUUUUGAACCAAAGUUUGAGUGAAACUUUAGAGGCUUUCGACCCUCUUUUUUGUCGUAAAUGCAUGAUUUUUAAUUGUUCUUUGCACGGAAACUCUCAAAAGAUAAUAUAUCCUAGGAAAAAACAACUCAUUUGGUCAGAACCAGAGGAUGGACAAAAACCAUGUAGUGACCAUUGUUACAUGGCUAGUUCAAUGGAAGGACAAGUUGAAGAAGACUUUAGUGUUUCAAAUUGGAAACUUUUGGAGAAAGAAUUAUACUCAAAGGGAAUAGAAAUGUUUGGGAGAAAUAGUUGCCUUAUAUCUAAAAACUUAUUUUUUGGAUGCAAAACUUGCAAGGAAGUUGCUACGUACAUGCAUUAUGAAAUGUCAAUUCUAGAUGUAUCUGAGGACCAAAAAGGAAAAUUUAAUGAAAUUUCAUCCAAGCCACGUAGGCAUAAGAAAAAGCUCAAACAUAAGAGGCUUAAAAUUUCUUCAAAGUCAGCAGGAGUUUCAUCUGUAUGGAAACAAAUGACUAAUGGGAAAGAAAAGUAUAUUCCAUAUACACCUUGUGAAUGUGAAGGUGUGUGUGGAAAGAAAUGUUCUUGUGUUAAUAAUGGAUUUUGUUGCGAAAAAUAUUGCGGGUGUUCUAAGCUAUGUAAUAAACGAUUCGGAGGAUGUCAUUGUAAUAAGGGUCAAUGCAAAACUCGAAAAUGUCCAUGUUUUGCAGCAAGACGAGAAUGUGACCCAGAUGUAUGUCGGAAUUGUUGGGUUAGUUGUGGAGAUAAUUUAUUAGGAGAGUCGUCUCAUCGUGAAGAAUAUCAAUGUGAAAAUAUGGUAUUUCUUUUAAAGAAAAAACAGAAGGUUCUUUUGGCAAGGUCUGAUGUUGUUGGAUGGGGAGUUUUCAUAAAGAAUCCUGUAAACAAAGAUGAGUUUAUAGGAGAGUAUACCGGUGAAAUACUCACUCAGAAAGAAGGUGAUAAACGUGGAAAAGUGUAUGACAAUGCAGACUUUUCUUUCCUUUUUAACUUGAAUAAUGAGUAUUGUCUUGACGCUUAUCGUAAAGGAAACAAGUUAAAAUUUGCAAACCACUCGAAAAAUCCCAAUUGCUACGCAAAGCUUAUGGUCGUUGCUGGAGAUCAUCGAAUGGGAAUAUUUGCAAAGGAACGCAUUGAAGCUGGUGAGGAGCUUUUCGUUGAUUACAACUAUGAUAAAAAUGUUCGAAGCCUACGAUGGUAUCGUAAACUUGUAGAUGAAGAUAAUUCCGAGAAAAGUGAUCCAACAUUUUUUAAUAAAAAAAGCUAAAUUUUCUCAUUGAUGGGCUAAAUGGAAAACUAAUGUUCAAUUUGUAUUGUAUUUUCUCUCCAUGAACAAUUUUGAAUUGAUCAUGUAGAGUUUGAGUUUGUUGUUUCUAAUACCUUUUAGGUUAUUUUUGCUGAAUUAAUACUUUAAACAAUGCAGUGUUUUGUAUUGCUAUAUUUUUAUUCUUUUAUAAUUAAUGUUUUAUUAGUGGAACAAA